AUCGUAGAAAUUUCAGACAUACCGUAGGUAUAGAGACAGUGGAUGUUUAUUGCUUUGGUAGGCGAGUUAUCGUGUUUGCUCAAGCUGAGACCAGCUAGUUAGCUAUCAAAUGCCCAAACAUUAGCUUGCUGGAAAUCGGAUAAACAGCCCAUUUGACGUUUAAAAGCUCAUCUUUUGAAGGAACGUACGCUUUACACGAGGUUUCUGAGACUGGGAAAGAUGAUGUGCUACGAGAAACACCUUUUUAUUUCUGUCUUACUUUGUCUAACAUUAAAGAUUUACUUCUGUAAAGCGCAGUGCAUAAAACCCACCGGUGGUGAUCACAUGGUUUUGGAUGACAGUGACAUCAUAAAGGAUUCCUUUGAAAGUGGUGCUUUAGCCACAUUUAAAUGUGUGCCAGGCUACGUCCGUGAUUCAGGAAAUGGAAGGAUAAAGUGUGAAGGGACCUCAUGGUUGAAGUUGACACUCACAUGUACAAAGAGACCAUGUGGACACCCAGGGGACCUUCCCGAUGGAAGAUAUGUAUUUUCCCCAGAAGGUGAAGAGGGACUGCUAUUUGGUGCAACUGCCACAGCCGUUUGUAACAAGGGAUACCGGCUAACGAGCCAAAUAAGUAAAAGAAAUUGUGUAGCUACUGGUUGGGAUGGUAGAACUCCUACCUGUGAAGUGGUGAAAUGUGAAGCACCUCCAGCUGUGGUCGAUGGCAAUUUGGUCGACCCACCCCAGGAAGUGUAUGAAUAUGGACAGGCAGUUACAUACACGUGUAAUGAUGGUUAUACUCUCUAUGGACGUGCAACUAUUGCUUGUUCUGAGAAUGGAAAAUUCCAGCCCGAUCCUCCUCAGUGCUUAGAUGUUUCUUGCGAGCGCCCUGUUGUCACAAACGGAGUUCGGGUUUCAGGAGGCUCAGGACCGUACACAUAUAAGAGCACCCUCCAGUUCAAGUGCAAGGAUGGCUACAGAAUGAACGGUCCUGCAGAAAUAACAUGUGAAAUAGAAGGCUGGGAUCCCAGUCCUCCAGAGUGCUUAGCUCUUUCACCAAAGCCUUCUGCCACUCCUGUAACCAGAAGACCUGAAUCUACCACUAAAACAUCCACAGAGAAAGGCUCAGAUGACGAUCAUCCGUCAAAUAACAUAGGGAAGAUCGUUGGUGGGGUCAUUGGUGGAUUAGCCGGUCUUGCUGUAAUUGCUGGAGUUCUAUACUAUUUAACCAACAAGAACCGCUCUCGAAAAGGCUACGCGGGAAAUGUGGCCACUAGGAAUGAAGAGGGAGAGUUAUAACAUUCUCGCACCUAUGCACUGGUGGGGCCUAUUAGAGGAGCAGGAGUGGAGUCUGCUGAAUGUACAUAUACCACAGGCCCAAGUCCUGUGUAAUACAGGAUCCCUUCAAAAACAACGACCAGAGCAUCAUCGUUUCCCUCCAUAUAGCCAAAACAGAAAGUUUAUACAGCUGAACCAUGACAUACUCAUCACACAAUCAACUCAGCAUGGCAGUUAGACCCAUUUGAGCUGUAACUGACACACAGAUGUGACUGUGUGAAUGUUUCCUUACUGGUUUUUACCUGGAUUAACUGAAUUAUUUGUCUGCUCUAUGAACUGCCUGGUAAUUGUAAGGUGUCUCUUCUUCCCCCACGCAGAGCCCUGCUUAGGGAUAUCACAGCAUAGUAAUCAGCUUUUGUUUCACAAUUUUAUAAUUGACCUACAUCAGUGCUGACUUCUCAUAGAUUUUUCCCCCACAAAAUCAUUAUUUUUUCUGUGAAUUCCUGUGCGAUCCUCGUGCAUGAAUGGCGCCAUGCCAAAAAUGAAGGGCCCUGUCGCUUUAGACAUACACACUAUGGCACAUAGUUGCCUUGUUACAGAUUGUAUCUGCUGUGUCUAUACCAACCUAAGCUGAGCUUGUCAGUAGUGUACAGUAUCAGUAACAUGCAACAGUGCGAGAGAGAUGAUGAUUUACUACUGUGUUAGAGCUGGCUUCUUUUUUAAACUUUCCGAAGUUGCAUAUUUGUGGCCCAGUUUUAUUCACGAUAAUUAAUGGAACCGUCUGUCUCAACUUACUUCCUUAAGCCAUUUUGAGUUUUUUGAUCUUUUAAUUUCUGUAGCAACGAAUAUUCAUAUUUGUGCCUUGUCAGCCAAAGAGGAAAAAUUUGCUGAAUUGACUGCAGGAGAAAAAAAAACGCAAUGUCCUAAUCACUAAGACCUUAUUGGAAAGAUGGAAGCAUUUUAAUGUGGCAAGUACCUAAAAUGACUCGUCGGCGUUGCUUCUCUCAUGGGAGAUGUGAGAGUGUGAUGUGUAAUAUGAGUGCUUUUUUUAUUCAUUGAUAUCUCUGAAUGUGUAAAAUAGUUACAGCACCUUUUAACUCUUUUUUUUGUUGUUGUUAUUUUUACAGAUUGGCGUUCCUGUUACUGAAUUAUGUGGUAAAAUCUAUAUCAAAAACGUCUGAAAAGUUUUAAAAAUUGAUAUUUAAUGAUGUUUUUGAUACGAGUAGAAUGUAUGCUCAUGAAGUUGAGUUUAUCCACGAGUGUUAGCAUUUUUAGCCUUAAAUUUAUUUAAUUAUAUCAUGACAGAAGGAUUAGUUUAUUUAUCUCUUUUGACAGCUGAAUUACCAGCUACUUCCCCCUCUCUUCCCUGUCUGUCUGUAAAUUGAUAUGAAGAACAUUCCAGUGUCUUUUUUUCUCUCUCAUGCUGUUAAUUGUCUGUUUCUAAAGUCUAUAUCUUAUUUUUUUUUAAUAAUUACUCCUUUCUACCACUUUUCUGUCAUAGUAAUUUAUUGUGAUAUCCCUCUUGUUCCUUGAAUAUUUACUGAGAACUGCUAUGUGAAAACACACAUUUGUGUUUGGAUUGAAUUCAGUGAUUUAUUGUUACUCCGUGUAAUUUUUAGAUGCCACUAAGACGUUGAACAUGAUCUCUAAAGAACUUACUGUCUAAUUGGUUACUAGAUAGAUGGGCACAUAGUUAUUCAUUGCUUCCAGUGAACUGCCACAUGAGCUAUUGUCAUGACUGUCCACCAUUAUUAUUGUAUGAAAUCUCGACAUGUCUCAGUUUGUUUGCACUACUGCUGAUCUUAAUAAAAUGGCAUGGUUUUGCUAUAGUAA